AUUACAUUACAUUAUUUUACAAACUAACAUGGCACUUUCUCUGGUACUGAUGGUAUUGGUCUCUGUUUUAGCAUACUGGUAUUUGAAACUUCACUUCGGUGUGUUUGAGCGAUAUGGAAUACCCGGGCCGAAACCUGUGUUUCUUCUAGGAAACAUCAUCGAAAUAAUGAAAAAGGGGCAGCUCCAAGCAAUUAUUGACUGGAGGAAGACUUAUGGAAAAGCCUUUGGAUAUUUCGAGGGAUUUACUCCUGUUCUUUCAAUCAGUGAUCCAGCCGUCGUAAGGGAGGUACUGGUAAAAGACUUCACAAAUUUCCAGGCGAGAAAGCCGUUCCCCCUGGCCCCUAGGAAGAGUCUCGGUCUGUUCCUGGAAAACGGUCAUCAAUGGCGCCGCAGUCGCAGCAUCCUAUCGCCCGCAUUCAGCACCAGCAAGCUGAGGACAAUGACGGUUGUAAUGGAACAGCAGAUAGACAAACUUCUCCAAAACCUCGGCACGCAGCAGGACAAGGGCAUCUACUUCGACAUCUACAGACAAUUCCAAAGCCUGACUCUAGAUGUGAUAGGGCGUUGCGCCUUCGGCCUCCAUACAAACGCUCAGCUGGACUUGUCUGAUGCUUUCCUCAAUAACAUCCAGUCUUUAUUUAGAAACAUGAGCACCACAGUCAUCCUUCCAAUAGUCAUGCUAUUCCCAUUCGUUCAGUACUUCAUAUUCGCCAUUAAGAAUGUGGUACUCGCUAUUGGCAUGAACCCUGUGUCUUGGUUGCGACAUCAGAUCAUCGAGGUCAUCCGAAUCAGGCGAGAGAUUGGGAAUGAUGGAUCUGUGACUGACCUGAUGCAACAGAUGCUGUUUCAUUCCGACAAACACCAGAAAAUGACCGACAGAGAAAUUGUUGCACAAAGCCUGACGUUCUUGCUUGCUGGAUACGAAACAACAAGCGCCGUUCUGGCUUUCCACUGCCACUUACUUGCCAAGAAUCCAGAAGCCCAAAGACGUAUCCGUAGAGAAAUCAAACAGCUCGGACAAGAGAAAAUCAGUUACCAGUCGGUCCAAAAGCUACCCUAUUUAGACAUGGUGUUUGACGAGGUUUGCCGCCUGUACCCAACCGCCUCACUGAUCGUCACACGACAAGCAGCUGCUGCUCGCACGUACGGACACGUGUAUAUUCCGACUGGUAUGAAUGUACAGGUGGACGUGUGGGGACUUCACCAUGACACUCAAUUCUGGGACCACCCAGAGAAAUUUAUGCCAGAACGGUUUUCCCCGGAAAACAAGUCUCAGAUCCGUCCGUAUACAUUCAUGCCUUUUGGGGCUGGUCCACGGAACUGUAUUGGGUCCCGCUUUGCAAUGCUGGAAACCAAGAUCGCUGUUGCUCGUAUCAUCAAGGAUUAUGAACUGAAACCCGCCAACUCCUCACAGGACGACCUGAACCUUCUUUGUCGCGGAGCCAUCGUUCCAAAAGACGGAGUCCAUGUAAAGCUCGUUCAUGCCAGAAAUGCCAAAGCCGGAUGAAGGAGACAUCUUGAACAUUUGAAUUUGAAAAUUGACAACCCCAGUCGAUACACAAAGGCCCUUCACAGCAGGGUAGCCACGCAUGGAGCUAGUCGGCGUACGUCCUUCUACUAGGUGACUACCGAAUACCACCUGAUCGCCACCGAGAGUAGAGAAUCUCAUUCACCUCUCCGAAAUGUUCGUGUGAAGAUUAUUUCAAAUGUUCUUAACCGAACUGUUCAUGUGUAUAAGGAGAUUUGGUCAGAGCAUAUAACUUAGAACAUUAUGGUAUGGAACUGUUGACAGGAUACGGUUUUACUUACGUGGAACUGUUCUCCAGCAAAAUGUGGACGUCGUAUCGGUUCGUAUAACUACAAACGUUAGACAAUGUAGAUAAUUCGUCACAGGCAAGUACAAUCACGUAAUUGCUAAACAACUAUAACCUUGAAUGGUUUGGCUAUGUAGUGGUAAAGUGCAUUUUGACAGUGUUGUUUCAAAAGAUCACCGGACGGAUUACAAGGCAAUUGUAUGCUAUAAUCUACAUUGAAAUGUUAUAAGCUACUUGUAAUGAAUUUGAAAAUCAACAUAAAUUUAUAUUUGAUCAGAAAUCGUUAAUCAGGCAGCUUUUAUCAUAAUUGAGUGUUUUUUUUAAAAUGUUUUGUUAUCGUUUUAUAAAGACAGGAGUUAUACACGAAUCUCAAUUUCCCUUCAAAGCGUCAUAGCUUGUUUGAGAACAUGUUUUCAUCUUAAACGUUUAGUAUAUUGUAUCGAUCAUGUAUGUUAUAAUGUGUCUAUAAUACAAGUUGACAUGUAUAUCGAUAUGUAAUUUGUUAUACAAAUCGAUUGGGAUUAUACAAAAUACAUUCGCCGCUCGAAAGACAAAAUAUCAGUACAUUAUACUGCAAUAAUUAGGACUAUUUUGUUAUGUUGUCAAUGUGGAAAACAAAUUUGAGAAACAAUCCCAAUUUAGACUGUAUAUUUUCUUAUUUUCAUCGCUUAACUUUAAAUCGAAAUAACUGAAAACAUUGAAAAAAUUGCUUUGUAAGAACCUUUUCGUUUGUUUUGAUUUUUCGUAGAUAUGAAUAUGUUUGUUUCUAUGUUAUUCAUCCAAUUUAUAAACACAGUGUAUAGUGUAUAUUGAUCCGAAGAUUAAGACAUUGUCUUCCCGUCGUUAUUGUACUAUAUCUAAUAUCAAAUAAUACUUGUACAAUUCGUAUUCAUGUAUAUAUCUUUACAUUGCAAUCCAUGUACUCGUAUCAUUAAUAGACUAAGUGUCACUAUGACCCCCUUGAAAGUGUCGAUCUGUUGACGACCGUUACGUAAACAAAACAUUCUUUUUAAUAUAGUCGAAGUGAUGUGGUGGAAGAAACUCAUAUUUCUAGGCUAGGCGAUCAGUGCCGUAGGUCGCGGGUCCGAGUCCCGGAUAGGGCACGAGUUAAAAAAAUGUCCUACUCUCUUGUUUUCCCUAAAUUAUUUAUAAGAUAUGAUCGAUUCCCUGGCAGGGCACGAGUGUCAUUAAUUGUUUCCCGUCGUCAUUUGUGUUUCAUUUUUAUUUAACAAAUUAAUAUACACAAUGUAAAAUGAUUAAUCCAUAGGUUUAAAAUACGAAUUAUAUGCAUAUAUACGUAACACUAAAACAGAAACGACGAAGGAAGACCACACUUUUUAUAUUAAAAUUGUAAUAGUAACUAUCCUACUAGCACAGCAGUUAACGGCGUAAAAUUCAUCUUUAUCUUUGUCAAGUUAAAAUUGGAAAGAGGUUGAUUUGAUUCAAAUCAAAAACGUUUCUUUGAAUUGGGUAGAGCUUGAAUCACAAUGUGGAAUGUAAAGUUGGUUUGUGCUUAUGAUAUUAUUUAAGACUGUAGUACGAGAUUUAAAAAAUAAAAUACUCAUUAAUUCAUAAGUAUAAAUUGUUUCUCUUUUGUAUCCUUCAUUUAUGAAAACAUAAACAUAAGUAGCACUGCUUUGUAUUAUAUUGUA